AACUGUGCAACAGCAUUUCAAAAUUUCCUGCAUGGCGCUUGACCGUGCGCUCUUGGCGAUACAAAGCCUGGAAGGAAAAUUGGAUUUGCGAUUGGAUGCCGAAUCAAUACGGAUCGCCAAACUCAUCAAGGAGGAUGAUUUGAACGCAUAUUCAGUUCUUCAAGGGGUGCCAACGGCAGAAAAGAAGGCUCUUGUCGAAUUGUGCGCUUCACUGGACAUUCUCGACAAAGCGAUGGGUGCGUUGUGCGGAAUGGCAGUAGGUGACGCUCUCGGACAUCCCUUUGAGUACAUCACCGUCACUGACGAAGAAGGAACAUCACACUUUGACCUCGCCACUUUGGAAUUCCAUGGUGAGUUCAACAAAUUUGCUUGCAAGAGGGGCCAGUGGACGGAUGAUGCUUCCAUGGGUUUAUGCAUGGCGGAUUCGUUGAUCAUUUGUAGACGUUUCGAUGGAAGUGACAUGCGGAGACGCUUCUGGUGCUGGUGGUUCCGUGGCUACAACAACGCCUUUCGGAAAGACGAUAGCCGCGACUCAAAGAAGUCCAUCGGCCUUGGGGGAAAUACGCAGAAGUCCCUGGAACCGCUUGAAACUUUUGCAGAUGGAGGCAUUGUUCCCCCGGUGUACGAAUCCGCCAGUGACGAUGCUGGCAAUGGUAGUUUGAUGAGGUUGGCGCCUGUCCCUAUCUUCUGCCACUCAGCCGACUGCAAGACACUUCACAGUUUGGCCCGACAGUCAUCUGUGACAACUCAUCCAGGAUAUGUUGCAGGUGAGUCAUGUGCUUUCUUCUCUCACCUUGUGAGGAAGGCACUUUAUGUCCCAAGAGGUUCAGUCAGCAUCAAGGAGUUCCUGGAUGCUGCAGCUGAGGACUUCUACCAAGCGUCUGGCCUGGCAGAUCGCAGUGGUCCUGGUGCUGAUGAGAUGAAGUGGCUUGUGACCUCCAGCCCGGUGCAAGACACGGAGCGGUGCUGGAAUUGGAAGAAUGAGACCCUGGACAUUGCAGGCACACUGGCCGCGCGUGGUUGGAGCUACAACGGAUAUCCCGUUUCUGCAGACUAUUUCGGAUCAUACUCGCUUGAUGGCUUGGCUGGUGCUCUAUGGGCAGUAUAUCACACCAGGUCGUUUGAUGAGGCUGUUGUCCGGGCAGUAAAUCUCAAUGGCGAUGCGGACAGCUUUGGAUCCAUGGCAGGUCAACUUGCAGGAGCUUUCUAUGGCUUCUCUUCCAUCAACAGCCAAUUUGUUGAGUGGCUUGCGAGGUGGGAUGACUAUGAAACGGCGGUUCGCGCCCUGCUGCUGUACAAAAUUGGAGCGGAUGUUCAAGAAGCCGAAUGACAUGGACCAAUGGACCUCAGCAUUUGCACUCCGCUUGAAAA